UUUUCUUAUUCCACCAGGCCGCUGUUUCCAGUUGGGUAAGCGCGUCCCGUAUAUUUCAGGGUUUGCUUCAGUUCCUGUUAGUUGACGGCUGAAAUGGCUGAAGUUUAGAGCUGGCGGAGUCAACACGCCGCGGCGGACGGUUGCGAUCUGUUGUAACAGCCUCAGUUCAUGUGACUGAGCUGCCUUCAGCUUCACCUCUCAUAAUCCCACAGUUUCACCACCGACGAUUUAUGUGAGAACUGGACACAAGGAGAAAUUAUGUUGCGUAUCUCUCUGGUUUCGUUUGUGGUGGCUGCUGCGCUCUCCGUUUGCAACGGCCAGCAUGAGAAGAGCUGCGAUGUUUUCCCAAAAGAUCUGCACAUAGAAGUUGGUUCCAGUGUUGAGUUGGUGUGUCGAACGUCGUGUUCGAGUGGCAAAAUCUUCUGGACGCUAAACGGAAAAAAUCUCAGUGAAAGCCUGUCAAAAACUAUUAACUCAACACAUACUGUCUUGUCCCUGAGCAACUUCACUCAGUCAAGUGCAGUAGUGGAGUGUCAUAGUUCUCAUACGGAUCAGGUCUUAGGAGGCGUCAUCGUAAGCACAUAUUCUAAGCCUGAAAAUAUAAAAUGUGUCUUUAUCACUAAAUAUGGAACCGGGGGUAGCCCACACGUCUUCACAUGUUCAUGGAGCCAUCACAUGAAUUCUUCACAAGCAAUCCGCUACACCAUACUUGAGAUACUUGAUGAUUCUUUGAAUGAAGUCUGCGAUUCAAAAGUAGCUGAGUGCACAAUUGAAGAUCGGUUAAAAGUGCCCCAAAUGUUCUCGCAGUCAAAUAGCCAAAUUAUUGUCAGAGCAAAAACGGAUGCUUGGGAGGCGUACUCUGAACCGUAUGAGUUCGACCCUCACCACAUAUGGAAAAUUAAUCCUCCAGAGCGGCCAGUGAUAAAACCCUCCUCAGAUCGUCUGUCGGUUGAGUGGGGUCCACGCUGUGGCACCAACAGUUGCCGUUGUGAAGUCAGAUACCACAAGAUUUCAGAGUCUAAUGGUGUAACUCCAAAGUAUUUGAGUAGGCCUAUGUCACAUUACAGUGCCACUAUUGAGGAAAUUGAAUCAUGCAGUAACUACAACAUUUCAGUCCGAUGUGCCACUAAGGAAAGCCUUUGGAGCGACUGGAGCCAGGAGAGAACUGUCCACACUAAACUUAACAAGAGCCACGUCAGGCUUCGACUUUGGAGAAAGGUGGCUGAGCAGGAAAAAAAUGGAAAAAGAAAAGUUCAUCUCAUGUGGAGGGGUAUUCCGUCAACAUGUGAAGAGGUGCUGAACUACACAAUCAAACAGAUACCCUAUACAAACAACACAACUCUAACAAAUGACACCUAUACUCGAUGUGGAGCCUCGUCGUGUGAUGUCGAGGUGGACCAACAUGCGCACAGAUUAUUUCUCACAGUUUCCGUUAACGGUGCAUCGCUUGCAGAUGACUCAGUUUAUGUUCCAGCUGUUGGAGAGACAGGCCUUCCUCAAGUUUUCAGCAUCCAAGCGACAGCACAUGAAGGUGUAAUUCAGGUCAGCUGGAAUGCGUCUGAAAAACCCACCAGUAGGUACAUGAUUGACUGGACCCACGAUGGAAAUCAGUACCACUGGAACGAGAGCGGAUUCACUGCUGCAACUCUGUUUGGCCUGAUGCAAAGAAAGCCCUACAAUAUCACAGUGACGCCUCUCUUUAAUGACAGCACAGGCCACGGCACACAGGCCAAUCAGAUCUGUUCCAGUUUAAGAGUUCCAGAGCUCGUUGCUGUUAGAAACGUGGAAAUUCACAGUAAGAGCGCCUUUGUGAAAUGGGACACAAAGUCACAGGACCCAUGCAGUGGCGUCGACACCUACGUAAUCUUUUAUGAAACGCAGAGGCAGCCCCAGCUCAAUGUUACUGUGGACGGUGAUGAAGAAGGAGUCUGGUUGAAGGACCUGCAACCAAACACCCAGUACACUGUCUAUGUUGAGGCCACAGGCUAUAAUGGGACCACAAAGAGCAAAACAAUGAUUUUUACAACAAAUAUGUUUGAUUCCAAGCUUAUAAAAGUUUUCAGUGUCUGUGGAGGCCUUCUUGUCAUUCUUGUGCUGUCUCUGGGGUUGGCCUGUGCCAUUCAGUGGAAGAAAUUUUACGAGAAGCCUGUGCCGAAUCCUCGCCUCAGUUCUGUGGCGAAGUGGCUGUCACACAAUCAUCAGAAGAUGGAGGGGUUCUUCCAGCCUUUCACAGAUCAAGCUGAAAACCGCGUCGUCACAGAUGAAACCCAGAGACAGCAAAGGGCCGCACUAACUCCAGUCUGUAAUGGUAAACAUACCCGCGAUGAAAAACUGGUGGUCUGUGACCCAUCGCUUAGUCCUACACCAGAAAGUGAACCAAUUGAGAGGUUCUCUGAGAACUCAGAGACACAGCUCCUGUCUUCUCCUGAAGGAUCAAUGGUAUUUUCUUCCUCACAGAGCAGCCCAUAUCGUAGCCAGGACUCUGUGGAACCUCUGUUGCCGAGAGUGGAAAAACCAUCCAGGAGUGACUUGUGCCAAAAACAGGAAAAGACAACACCCAAGAGUGUAUAUGUCAGUUUGAUCAUGUUUGAACAAAGUGGUGCUAGGUGAGCGUUGUGAAAACAAAACGGAAAUCAGAGGCAGGAUGACUCAUUCAGCACGAAUGCCUCCAUGACAACAUGUAGAAAGAUUGCUAGUGUACCGCAUAUCAGUCAUCAAGAGUUGACACUGUUUUCCCUGUUGUCAAAGCAUGAAAUUUAUACCGUGACAAUACAACUGCUUUUGGGUCCUAAAGGAAACCUACCAACAAGAAUACGAUUGCAAAGUUCUCAGAAUACUGUGUUUUUCUUUGGCUGCAUGGGUGUUUGAACCACAAAGCAAAUGCUGAAAUUGUGUAUACUGUUCUGUAUCAUAGCCUGUAUUGUUAAAGAACAAACAGUAUGUUGAUUGCAUGAAAUUCCUAGAACACGGUGUUUAUACAAACGCUGGAUUCCUGGAAUAUGGUGUAUUCUAGGAAUAAUGUUUCGACAAAACAAAUGCAUGCACCUCUUUUAAAAUGCCAUGUUUGGCCAAAUAGAAACAUUUCAAGCAGAAACAUUCCUUACAGUUCAACAAAAAAAAAACUGUUAGAAGGAAAACCCUGGUUGCAUACGUUAUGCAUACCUUCAGACUAACUUUGUUAAUGCAACAUUUGAAUCAAUGUUAGCCUUUUGUGUCCUUUGACAGGAGUCUAUCGCUAUUCUACAUGUUUACUUGACAUCUUAACAUUUGACCGUUCUAGCUGGCAAAGGUUGUGCGAGUCUGUAAGAUUAGAUUUUCAUGAACUCCUUUAUUUGAUUCAGACAUAUGAUUUGACUCACUAUAAUGCUGAAAAAUAAAAUAUACCCCUCUUCAUCUUCAGAUGAAGAAGUGCAGUCAUGCCAUAUAGUGUCCAGUUCAGGUAUAUGGAGAAUAUGGGAGAAUAUCUUUAUUAGUAGCAUGCAACCAGGCCGUGUUGAAGGUUCCUGCAGCUCCUUCCCAGCUGCUCUCUGUGUGUUAGCAACUGGUUAGGAAGGCUGCAUUCUUAUCUUUUUAUCAACUUUGGAAAAAUGUCCAAGAUUAGCUGUGCUACUUUUGGCCCUUAUUUUCUCUCAUUAUUGGUGUCCAUUAUUAGUUAAAGAAUAGAAAUGCAUAUUACCAGGACAACUGAACUUUUAUGUCCAGUUAGUGACAGAGGUGAACUCAUGAAGCGUGGAUGCCGAAAUUAAAUCCAAAAUGGGUUUAAGAACACAUUAGUUCAUUUAUGUAACCAAGCAAUUGCAGCUUUUUAAAUAUAUUUUUACGGGAUGUCAUUUGUGGAAAAAAAGUUUUUUUAAAAGAUUUUUUUUAAGUCAUAUUUUUAUACUUUGUGUUGUUUCCUAAUUAUUUGCACAGAUAUAAGCUUGUACAGUUGUCUUAUAACAAUGUUGUAGAGCAUGCCAAAGUCAAAGUGGUUAUGAACUAAACAUAAAGCAUGAACAAUAAAUAAGAUUUUAAAAAAAAUCUAAACAUGGAGAUACUAAAAUCUGAGAGAACUGAAAACACUUCCUAAAUGUGUUUUUCCUGCCAUUGUACACGUUUUGCUCUUUAAAUACCAAACUUGUAUGUUGCAGAUAUUUUCUUGAAAAUGUUUUUGCUCUAAAUCUGUUGUAAUUAAUCUGACAAUUGACAAUUGGAGAGGAACUCCAAUAACAAUCUCCUGAAAUAACCAAAAUAACCAUAAGACACUCCUGGUAGUGACCAGGAUGGAAGCUUUUUUUUUUCUGCCAAUUCUUCGCAGACCUCAAAACACAACCAAUGAAGCUGUAAUCCACUGUUCCCACUGUGUUUAUAUGUAUUUAUGGUGCUUUAAGCCAUGUUUUUGUGUCUUCAUGUAAUUGUUUCUUAUUUUGUAUAUUUUUUAUCACUGUUCUCAAUAACAUGAAUGGAUGUUUGAUCCUUUGUUUUACUAAAGGAUGCAAAUUAUGAGUUUGAAAAAAAAUAAAGUUUGCAAUACUUAAUAUACAAUAAAGUAUUGCAAUUAUUGCAAUACAAUAAUUAGGAAUGGGUGAUAAAUCGAUUUAAUCUAUUAAUUUGAAUUUGCAUUUUAUGAGGAUUUCAUUUUUGGAAUUUUCGGGAUUUAUUUACUUUCUAUUAAUUCAGGGUUUCCGCAGAUCAUUAAAAAGCAUUAAAUAUCA